AUGGUAGGCGGAGUGGACGCUGUCAAUGGCACUGGCCGAAAGCUUCCUUUCUUCCGUCGCGGCAGCCCCAAUCGGCCUCUCGCUCGUCGUCGGGCGGCCACCGUUCACACCCACCGCAUCAUUCGGUCGCUGCUCUACCUGAUCGCCUUCAUCUUCGUGCUGCUCGUGGUGAUCGGUAACGUCUCCAACAAGCCCGUCUUGCGAAACACCUACUUCCUCUAUCUCGACCUGGCCAACAUCAUCCCCUUGUCCGUGCCGAAUGCCGUCCUGAUCAACUCCAUCGCCCGGUCUAUCGGUCUGCACGAUUUCUACCAGGUCGGCCUGUGGAACUUCUGCGAGGGCUACUUUGGCGAAGGAAUCACCCGCUGCUCCAAGCCGAAGACCUUGUACUCCUUCAACCCGGUCAAGAUCAUCCUGAGCGAGCUGCUGGCCGGUGCAAGUAUCGCUUUGCCCUCCGAAAUCACCCAGCCCCUCCACUUGGCCCACGUCGCCUCCCAGUGGAUGUUCGGCCUCUUCCUGACAGCCGUGGUCCUCAACUUUAUCAUGAUCUUCAUCAGCCCCUUGGCCGUGUCCUCGCGACCUCCCCAGACCAUCAAGGCCCUGGCCGCCAAUGGCGGACAACUCAAUGGCGCCGGACAGCUCCCCCACCGUCGCCGCACGUUCGUGCUGUUUCGCUCGCUGCCCAUGUUGCUCAUCAGCUUCUUCACCGCCCUGGUCACCAUCGUGGCAUCCGCAGUGGCUACCGUUAUGUUUGAGAUUUUCGCCAAUGUCUUUGCCACUGCUGACCCCAAUCUCAACAUCAAGGCCCAUGUCGGCACCCAGAUGAUGGCGUUCAUGUGGAUCGGCUCCGGAUUCAGUCUUAUUGCCUUUAUCGUCCAGUUCGGCUCCUGCUGUGCGUCUUGCUGUGGUGGUCACAAGGCUCGCAAGCAGCUCAAGGCCCAGGGUGUUAAUUACAAGGAUAAGGGCUCCUUCAACAUGAGCCCGUCUGACACCAAUGUUGAGGACCGUGAGAUGGUUGAGCCGCAUGCUAUGACCCGGGAUUAA